CCUUCUCUGCCGCUUUCCCACUCGGCGCCGCCUCCGGAAGGGCGGCUCGCUGCGGCGGCCAGAGAAGAGAAUUCCGUAUGGCGGAGAAUGAGGGCGACCAUGAGGCUGACUUGGACGCCUUCCUGGACAAGUUCCGGGGCCCCGAGCGCUACGAGAGGGCCUUCAGCCCGGAGACCUGGGAGCAGGAAUUUGAGAAGAUUCCAAUGUUCAUGAAGAAAGCCCCCUCUGAAAUAGAUCCUGAGCAGAAUCCUGACCUGGCAUGCCUUCAGUCUAUCAUUUUUGAUGAAGAGCAAACUCUUGAAGAGCAAGCAAAGACCUAUAAGAACGAGGGCAAUGAUUACUUCAAGGAAAAGGAUUAUAAGAAGGCUGUGAUAUCAUAUACAGAAGGACUAAACAAGAAAUGUAGUGACCAAGAAUUGAAUGUAGUGCUUCAUACUAACAGAGCUGCAGCCCAGUUUUAUUUGGGCAACUAUCGAUCUGCUCUCAGUGAUGUUAUUGCAGCAAGAAAGCUCAAAUCCAACCACCUCAAAGCAGUUGUAAGAGGAGCCCUGUGCCAUUUGGAACUUCAGCAUUUCUCUGAAGCCAUGAUGUGGUGUGAGGAGGGACUAAGAAUAGAUCCAAAAGAAAAGAAACUCCUAGAAACAAGAGCUAAAGCUGACCGACUAAAGCGUACUAAAGAGAGAGAUUUGAGAAAAGCCAGACUGCAAGAGAAGAAGGAACAGGCUCAGAAAGAUUCUUUAUUCAAAGCCAUCGAGGAUCGCAAUAUCAAAUUAUCACCAGUAUCUUCUAAGGAUGGCAAUGUAAUAUCAGCAAGCCUGGCUGAGAUGUCUUUAGAUGGAUUUAACUCAGAGAGUGCUAUUGGUGCCAAGGUCUGUCUAGACGAAAAUGGCAGCCUUUCCUGGCCAGUGUUGUUCUUGUAUCCUGAGCAUGGGCAGAGUGAUUUAAUUUCUGCUUUUCAUGAGGAAUCCAGAUUUAUUGAACAUUUAAUGGUCAUGUUUGAAGAGCUGCCUCCUUGGGAUACAGAAAGAAAAUAUUAUCCUAGUCAACUAGAGCUUUAUUAUGAGGAUGAGGAAAGAGAAGAGAUAUACCAGAUAUGCACCCAGUCCACAUUGUUGCAAGCAUUGCAACACCAAAGGUACUUCGUGAAAGCUGGGACUCCUAUUUUUUUUAUUUUGGUAAAACUUGCUCCUUUCUCUAAAAACUACUUUGGGGGGAAGAAAGUUCACUGGCUUAAGUGAAUGAAUAUGAACCAUUUUAAAAAGGACAAAACAGCACGUACUGUGACAGGCACUCUUAGCUUUCUAAACUGGAAAGACUGGUACAUCUGGUACGUUUAUGCUUUCCUUUAUCAUGCUCAAGAGGACUGUUGAUUAGAACUUGUCCUGCCAGUCCCAUAGGAAGGAAUGUGAAAGAUGGAGUAUUAACAAGACUGUAGAACUGGAACCAGCAUUACAUUCCCUCAUUAUACAGUAAUUUACAACAAACAAACACACCCGUGUGGACGCACAUGCACACAGAGAACACCAAGCAGUACUUAUGUUAAUCUGGUUUUCAGACAGAAUCUGGUUCUCUCUCAAAGUACACAACCUGACCUUUUUCUGUUAAAUCAUGUUUUACCUGAGAAACAAUUGCAGGCAUUGAUUGGUAAUUCUAUAGCUAUAUGUGCCAUUAGUUAAAUAUAUGUGUUUGAAGGAACAUCUGCCAUAGUUUUAUCCAGUGCAGUAAAGCCAUAACUGGAGCUAACAGUCCUGACAAGAAUGUGAGGGACUGCAAGCCCCUCUGCUGUUAGUGUCCAGCAGUUUUAUACAGAACAACAGAUGGAGUGUCUGAUUGUUCACUGCAGGGAGGAUUAAAGCACAGCUGUGGCUAUCUUAUGUUCUUUAGGCAAAGGUAUGUGGGGCUCAUUGUUGAGAACUGUGGUUUUAUUGACUUUUUGUUGUGCUAAGAUUUAAGUUGACCUGUUGUAAAUACAAACAUGUUUAAACACAAGAUGAAAUGCAACACAUUAAACAUACUUAAAAUAUG